GUUUAACUCCUAUUUAAAAUGACUCUUUGAAUCCUAACGGCUGGGCUCUCGGGAAGACUCGGCGGCUUUGGGUCGGAGGCGAGAGCCAACAGGUGCCUAGGCCUUGGUGUCCUUCUGUGAGACACCAUGGACAAACCUAAGGAAAACUGCAUUUCAGGGCCUGUUAAGAUUACAGUGCCACCUGGUGAUGGUCCAAAACGUGUUCCCGUGAUGCAGCAAUUUCCUUGUCAGCAUCCGUUAUCUGCGAACAGUGGCCAGGCUCAGCGGGUCUUGUGUCCUUCCAACUCCUCCCAGCGAGUUCCUUCACAAGCACAAAAGCCUGUCUCCAGCCAUAAACCGGGUCAGAGUAUGAAGCAGAAGCCAUUGCAGGCAACCAGUGUCCCUCGUCCUGUCUCCAGGCCACUGACUAACACCCCAAAGAGUGAGCAGCCCCAGCCACCAGCCCCUGGAAAUAAUUCUGAAAAGGAAUUGGCAUCAAAACAGAAAAACGAAGAAUCAAAAAAAAGGCAAUGGGCUUUGGAAGAUUUUGAAAUUGGUCGCCCGCUGGGUAAAGGAAAGUUUGGUAAUGUUUAUUUGGCGAGAGAAAAACAAAGCAAGUUUAUCCUGGCUCUGAAAGUGUUAUUUAAAGCUCAGCUGGAAAAAGCAGGAGUUGAGCAUCAGCUGAGACGAGAAGUAGAAAUUCAGUCCCACCUUAGGCAUCCAAAUAUUCUCAGACUCUAUGGUUAUUUCCAUGAUGCUACCAGAGUUUACCUAAUUUUAGAAUAUGCACCUCUUGGAGCUGUCUAUAGAGAACUUCAGAAACUGUCCAGGUUUGACGAACAGAGAACUGCGACUUACAUCACAGAAUUGGCCAAUGCCCUGUCUUACUGCCAUUCAAAGAGAGUUAUUCACAGAGACAUUAAACCGGAGAAUCUGCUCCUUGGAUCCGCCGGAGAGCUUAAGAUUGCAGAUUUUGGGUGGUCUGUCCAUGCCCCAUCCUCCAGGAGAACCACCCUCUGUGGAACGCUGGACUACUUGCCCCCGGAGAUGAUUGAAGGCCGGAUGCAUGAUGAGAAGGUGGAUCUCUGGAGCCUUGGAGUUCUUUGCUAUGAAUUUUUAGUUGGGAAGCCUCCUUUUGAGGCAAGCACAUACCAAGAGACCUACAAAAGAAUAUCGCGGGUUGAAUUCACAUUCCCUGACUUUGUACCAGAGGGGGCCCGGGACCUCAUCUCAAGACUGCUGAAGCAUAACCCCAGCCAGAGGCCGACCUUGAAAGAAGUACUCGAACACCCCUGGAUCAUAGCAAAUGCCUCAAAACCAUCAAGUGGCCCAAAAAACAAAGAAUCAACUGGCAAGCAAUCUUAACCCUGCUGCAGGGGGAGCAGCGGAGCAGCCCGUGGGGCAGGGCUGCUGGAUAAUGGGUCGGACACAGGCUCCUGACAUUCUUACUGCUGCCUGCCUGCAAUUGGACGCUCCAGAAAAUGUUUGUUUUUGUACCGAGCAGCAGGACUUCGGCUGCCUCAUUCAGAAAGUCCCACUUCAGUAAACAUGACACUCUGAAGUGAAGUGGCCACGCGAACCGUGCUGAUUUCACUGGUUUUAUAAUCCCAAGGCAGGGUUCAAGUUCAGCCGCCUGGCAGCCUGUUGGAGUAAGGCUUCCUUGUGGGAGGUGAACCUGGAGUCAGAGUGGGCAGAGCGGCCCCUCUGCCCUGACUUGAUCGGUUCAAGAGCUGUGCAAUAACCUUCCAAGCACCUGGGUGUGUGUGUAACUUAUUGGGUGGCCGUGCCUGGUGAAGCUGUCAGAAUGAGUAUGGUAAAUGUUAAAAUAAAGACACGUGUAUGGACUUGUGAUUUUACUUCCAUGGCGUCCCUUCAGGAAUGCUGGGUGUCUGUCCAUCACCGCUCUUAAGCCUGUUUAUCUCGUCGUCCUUAACCACUUCCCUUCUGUCUGGGACUUUUGUAAAAUAGGAACACGUGCUCUCUAUC